UUGGUGUUGAGAAUAUUAAUUCAUUAAUAUCCGCUGAAAUACCUGAUGCAUUGCUUGAUCCUUUAGGAUAUGCUUUAGUUUCCGAGUUUAUGAUGCAUGGUCCCUGUGGGGAAAUGAAUGAUAAAUGCGUCUGCAUGAAAAAGGGUGUUUGUUCUAAAUUUUUCCCAAAGGAUUUUAGAGAUACUACUGUCGUUGAUGACAAUGGGUUUGUCUUAUAUCGACGUCGUGACGACGGUCGAAGGGUAUACAAAAAUGGUCAUUACCCGGACAAUAGGCAUGUUGUUCCUUACAAUAUGGCAAUGCUCAAGAAAUUUCAGGGCCAUAUAAAUGUAGAGUGGUGUAAUAAAACUCAGGUUAUGAAAUACCUCUUCAAGUAUGUCACUAAAGGUGCUGAUUAUUCUAAGGUCAUGUUAGAAAGGUUAAACAAAUUGACUACAACUGGGUGUCGUACGGUAGAUGAGGUUCAGGAGUAUUUGAUAUGUUGGUACAUAUGUGAGUAUGAUGCACUGUGGCGCAUAUUUGGGUUUGAGAUACACUUUAAAAUACCGUCGGUUCAAAGGUUGACUGUUCAUAUGCCUGGUAUGAAUAAUAUCUGCUAUCGUACUGGUGCUGACCUCACGAAAAUUGUUGGUUCUGACUUCUUGCAAAAGACUAUGCUUACCGAAUGGUUUGUUGCGAAUGAUUUGUUCGAAGAUGCCUGGUCAUUGACUUACUAUGAUUUUCCAUCUGCUUGGACCUGGGAUGCUAAAAGUAGAUCAUGGCAUCCAAGGGGUAGGGGUGAAAAGAUUGGUCGCGUAUAUUAUGUGCAUCCUUUGAGUGGUGAGUUGUAUUACUUACGCAUGCUUUUGAUGAUUGUUAAGGGGGCUAGGCCUUUCGAAUGUCUCCGUACAUAUGCUGGUCGUCUUUAUCACACCUUUAAAGAGGCUUGUGCCGCACGUGGUUUACUAGGGGAUGAUAGUGAGUGGUACACAACGUUUGAUGAGGCGGUUGUCUGGGGGUUUGGGCAUCGCCUUAGGGAGCUGUUUGUGACUAUGCUCAUGCACUGUUCUAUCAGGGAUGAGCUUGGUUUUUUUGAGCGGUACUGCAGUGGCAUGUACGAUGAUAUCCAACAUAGGCUGCGCCGUGCCUAGGUAAUCCAAACUAUGUUGUUCCUCCUGAGAGACUGAGGAAUCUGCUUCUUGAUGAGCUGGCCGAUGUUUUUUUGAAGCAUGGAUUUGAUAUAAAUUUUUUUAACUUGUCGUCCCGUUCCGGUGAAGGUGAACAUUCCGAUGAUAAUCGUCUCAUCCGUGAUGAAUUAUGUUAUGAUGAACCUGCUUUGGCUACACAAUCCUUAGUCAUGUUUGAUAGUUUAAACGAGGACCAACUGGUUGCUUACAAGACGAUUGUACAAUGUGUUCAGUCGGGGGAGCCGGGCUUUUUUUUGUCUCUGGGUACGGUGGUACUGGAAAGACUUACCUAUGGAGUGCAAUCUGUGCUUUCCUUAGGGGUGAGAGGAAGAUAGUGCUAACUGUUGCAUUGUCAACAAUUGCAUCGCUGUUACUGCCUGGUGGGAGGACUGCCCAUUCUCGCUUUAAAAUACCCAUUCUCCUUGAAGAUAAUACGCAGUGUGAUAGUAAAAGAGGUUCUAAGCUUUGUAAGUUAAUGAUGGUAGCUUCGCUUGUUAUUUGGGACGAGGCGCUUAUGACACACAGGAAGUGCUUUGAGGCUGUAGAUAGAACAUUGCGUGAUGUCCUCUCUGUGGGUAAUCCAGACCUUGCGGAUGUUCCGUUUGGUGGGAUAGUGAUGGUCUUGGGUGGUGACCUUAGACAAAUCUUACUGGUCGUUGAGGGAGGUACUAGACCUCAGAUUGUUGAUGCGGCGAUCACAAAUUCCCCGCUGUGGCGCUCUGUUAAGAAGUUGUCACUCUCUGUUAACAUGCGCUUGUCUGUUCAUGGUGUGGAUAGUCAGGCACAGCAGGAUGUUGCCUUAUUUAGCAAAUGGGUUCUUGAUCUUGGUGAAGGAAAGUUGCCUGUUACAAGGCGAGGCGAUGAUGUUGAGGCUUCUUGGAUACAAAUUCUGGACGACCUAUUGGUUUGUACAGAUGGUGAUCCAAUAUCUGCUAUUGUUUCUUCUGUUUACGGUGAUUUCUCUCAAAACUACAUGAUCUCUGGAUACUUGCAAGAAAGAGCCAUUUUAGCACCCACCAAUGACCAUGCUGAUGAUAUUAAUGAUCAUGUUCUUAAGUUGGUUCCUACUGAUAGCAGAGACUAUCUGAGCGCUGAUUCAAUUGACGACUCUGUAGAUUCUGUUAGGGACAAGGAUAUUUACUAUCCAAUUGAGUACUUGAAUUCAACUAAGAUUAUAAAUUUCCCAAACCAUAGGUUGACUCUUAAGGUUGGUUUUCCGAUUAUGCUUCUUAGAAACCUUAGCCAGGCAAAUGGUUUAUGUAACGAUACACGCCUAAUUGUGAAAGAAUUGGGUGAUCGGCUUAUCGAGGCUGUUAUUAUGACUGGCUCGCAUGUGGGCGAUACCAUUUAUAUCCCUAGGAUUGAGUUAUUAGCAAAGAAGGGUAACGCACCCUUCGUGCUUAGGCAUCGCCAGUUUCCUGUUCGUGUGUGCUAUGCCAUGACAAUCAACAAGAGCCAAGGACAGACCCUGUCUGCUGUUGGUAUAUAUCUUAAGGGUCCUGUUUUUACGCACGGCCAGCUGUAUGUGGCGGUUUCUCGUGUUACUUUGAGAGCUUCUUUGAAAAUCCUUAUAUUAGAUGCUGAUGGUAAGUGUGGAUCUAAGACUAAGAACAUUGUUUCCCCUGAGGUCUUCCGGGCCGCGGGGAUGGCCUAGGUUUGUGUUUGAUGGCAAUCUCCAUUUUUUUUGGUCGUUGGCACAUGCUUUUGGGAAUUAUCUAAUGUUUUGGUAGAUGACUUUUGUGUUACGCUUGUUACAUAUGUGGUCCUAUGCGAUGUGGGUUAUAUUCUGGGUUGUACUACCAUUGUCUAUAUUUGUGGUUUGCCUUAUGUCGUCCGAACUUACUUAGUUUAACGGUAGUGCUAUAUUUUGGUGAUGACCCCUGUGUUGUAGAUGGCGAUGGCUGGUUUGCAGGGUCUUGUUGUGGGGAACAGAAACCCGACAGUCCGUGUGUAUGUCUCGCGACACUGGCAUCAUCGUGGGACCACUGAUAAUGGUCCUAUCAAACACACUGACAUGGUCCUUCUGGAUACCCGGGGCAACCACAUCUAUGCUGAGAUCGGUGAGAAUCUUGUGACCAAGUUUAUGGGUUCAAUAGGUUCACCACGGCCAGUCCUAAUACCAACCCAGAGGCUCAGUUUCCAUUCUGCACCUACUCACUCACUGAACUGUCACGCCUGCCUGCCCCUCUCGAUGCACCUGAA